UGAAAAUACAAGAUCGUUAAAACGUAGUAUAUAAAUGUAUAUUUUCUAUUCACUAACAAUUCGAUGAGAUGUCAAGUACAAGGACACAUGAUAAAUGUCACGCUGCAAUAUGUCUAUAAAUAACAACAUCAAGUGUGAAUAAUCAUGUUCAAUAUUUGUCUGUACGGUACUUUAUCAUCUUUUAUUACCUCAUAAUAUCGGAAAUGAAAGCGAACCACAAAAAGAAAAGGUGCGCGCGGUGGCAGCAUACAUUGAUCGUUCACCAUUGAUACCAUAAUACUGCCACAAAUUUUCUGCGUUUGCUAAACAAUUUAGACAGCCGUUAAUGUUGCAAGUCAAUACUUAUAUGCGUAUAAAAAUACAAAACAUCCUUGUGUACGUAUAAAAGCUCGUACUAUUGCAAGGUUUGAUCUAGUUCUAUCAAUUUCUCUUUGAUAAUUCAUUAAUAUAUUUCUUUUGCACACGAUGAGAACUAUUGCUACGAUACUUGUACUUUUUCUUAUACAAUGCACGUAUUUACGUGCCGAAAUUAAUCACGUGCCUGCGAUGGGCAAAUUCACGGAGAGCUGUAUCUUCGGCGUUAAAUCGGUAUCAUUAUAUCUGUACAACAGCCAUGUUACAGGCGAAAUGGUCCCGGAUAACGAGCUCUGCAACAAUAUUGAUCCGUCGCAACCGGUCACCUUUGUAGUCCAUGGCUUCACUAGUUACGCAAAUUCGUCUCAAACUAGAGAUCUGGCCAUGCAAUUGAAACAUAAAAGCACAGUAUUUGCGAUGGAUUGGUCUCAAGCAGCUUGCAAAGAUGGGAUACCCAUCUUGAAAUACACGGGGUAUUAUAGUGCGGUGAUCAACACUCGAGAGAUAGGUCAUCUUUUGGCAAACUAUACCAUUACCUUGAAUAAACAGUGCGGUGUUCCAUUAGAAAAGAUAACGUACUUCGGCCACAGUCUCGGCGCGCACGUGUGUGGCUUCGCUGGGAAAAAUAUCAAGAGUUUGGGCUUCGAGAUUGAACUUAUCAUUGGUGCUGAUCCCGCACGUCCGUUAUUCAGCGGCAACAAACCCGAGGAUAGACUUUGCGAUUCGGAUGCCAAACGUCUAGUAGUUUUCCACACAUCGCAACUCGGGAUGGCGAUCCCUAUGGGUGACCUCGAUUUGUACUUCAAUGGCGGACAAAACCAACCAGGAUGCGGCUUAAAUUUCUUUGCUUGCCCGCACAGCAGAGCUAUUGCUUAUUUAACAAAUAUUUUAAAAAAUAAUUGUGGAUUCCCUGGUGUUUCUGAUAGUUCAUCCUCUUAUCCUAAUUCUAACACAACAGAUUGCAUUAUGGUGAAUAGCAAUGUAUUAGAUUGCAACAGUUCCAUGAAGGGAAAAUAUUAUGUAUUCGUUGAUGAGCAUUCUUAUUGUACAAAGGAAACUUUCAGCUGCAAACAGUAAUAGCAGUCGUUGAAUUUGAAAUGUCAGUUUUGUUAUAGAUAAGAGAAUACAUAAGAGAAAUGAAACUUUACAACAAAUUAUUAUAAAUAAUUAAAUAAAAUCGUUUAA